CGUUUUUCUCACUCCACUUUUUCAUCCUUUUCUUUUUUGUUUUAUGGCCGAACAAGAUUUCUUCGAUGCUGGAAUCAAUACCUCAUUCACAUUUCAAUAUUCCAUUGCCAACAUGACAACCAUACCUACUACUACAGGCAACAGCUUUCAAGUACAGAGAAAGUUCGAUCCAUCCAUUCAUCGAUCUUAUUAUCUUCCGCCAAUCAACAGUGACUAUGCACUACAGCAAAGAGACUUUGAUCAACAACAAUGGAAAAAUAACAACGUUUCACAAACACCUCAACAUAUCGUUUCCCCUGAAGCCAUCAGAGAGGCUCAAAAGGAAGAAUCAGAGGAACCUGAUAGACCCUUUUCAAAAUUCACUUCCUUUCUUGCACUAAAACAGCGCAGGGUGUCUCCUGAACCCAAAUAUAUUUCAUCCCCAUCCUCGAUUAAAGUCAAUAGCGAUGAGAUUAGGAUUGAAGAAGAAUUGAUACCUUAUAGUAGUGAAGAUGAUGAUAUAAAAAAGCUCCCUAAUUUAUUCAAUAAUGACCUAAGAUCUAAACUACUAGAGACAUCAUCCAGGAUGACAGUAGCUGAAAUAAGUAAAGAUGUAGUAGGUGGUUGGUGGAAAACAAUGCCUGAUGACCAACGGCAGUACUAUAUUAAGCAAGCUACCAUGUUCAAAGAGGAACAAAAAUAUCCUGAUUUUACUUACUCUCGGAAGUCUAAACCUGAAAAAAGACAGUUAGUGGAUCCUGUUCUAUCCCAGGAACGUUCUCAGCAGACAACACCAAUCAUCAGUGGGCCGUCCAAAAAGAGAUCAAGAAAGUCUAACCUACCUGAAGGCCAGAAGGACCCUAGGGGACGUAAAAAGAAGAGGCAUAGACAUCCAUUUGCACCAAAACAUCCUAUGUCGGCUUACCUUUACUACCUUGCUGAUGUUUAUCCCAAAGUGUCACAGAAUUUCCCUGGAUCUACUGUGGGGCCUAUCAGUAAAUCGAUAUCGGCCACUUGGCAUGCCAUGUCUGCAGAAGAAAGAUUACCAUGGAAACAAAAAGCAGAAUCAGAUAAAGCAAGAUAUGCUAGAGAAAUGGAGGUUUAUAUGGCAAAAAAUAAACUACAAGAACAACAACAGCAACAACAAGCGUCAUUAAGUCAUUCUAUUGUACAGUAA